GAUUUGCUGCUUCUUCAGCUUUAGAAAUAUAUGACCUAUGUUGAGGAAUUAAAUCUUUUAAUACUUUCUUGCCUAAAGAGUUCUUGGUACGAGAUCUUAUCUCCUGCCAGCCAAAUGCCGGGCGGUCAGCUGCUAAUUCUGUUGUAAUUCGGUUCACAUGAGCUGCAGGUGGGAUCCAUUUUGAUCAACAAAAGCUGCAGUCUCAUGUCUGAACUCUGCGCGUUCAUAAUACUCUGCCUGCUCCGACCGUCUGUACGCUCGGCUCCUAGCUCUCUCCCCUCUCUAUCAGAUGCUCCUCACGAUCCCUCCCCUCUGAUUAAUGGUUUUCAUUUCUCUGUUUUGUUUCUUGGCUCAGGAGACCACAAACUGGACCUAUAGCCUGACAUGGCUCCAGAAAAGGAAAGUAAUGGACUUGACAACUAUACCUUUGCGCUGGAAGGACGUUUCUGUGAUCUGCCCGACACAGAAAAAGAACCAGCCUCCUCUACGGACGAGUACAGUAACAAACUAGCAUACUGUGUAACAGAUGUUCCUCCCUGGUACCUGUGCAUCAUUUUAGGAAUCCAGCACUGUUUGACUGCAUUUGGAGGGAUCAUUGCCAUCCCUCUGAUCCUGUCCCAGGGACUGUGUCUGCAGCAUGAUGGCCUCACUCAGAGCCAUCUCAUCAGCACAAUCUUCUUAGUUUCUGGGGUCUGCACUCUGUUGCAAGUAGUCUUUGGCAUUAGGCUGCCCAUUCUCCAAGGUGGCACAUUCACAUUACUGGCUCCUUCCAUGGCACUGCUCUCCAUGCCAGAGUGGACAUGUCCUGCAUGGACGCAAAAUGCCAGCCUAGUCAACACCUCGUCCACAGACUUCAUAGAAGUGUGGCAAAGUCGAAUGAGAGCACUUCAGGGAUCCAUUAUCGUGGGAUCACUCUUCCAAGUGCUGGUUGGUUUUUCAGGCCUUAUUGGCCUCUUCAUGCGCUUCAUUGGGCCUCUCACCAUCGCUCCCACUAUUUCUCUCAUUGGACUGUCCCUCUUUGACUCCGCGGGUAGCAGUGCUGGGAACCACUGGGGCAUCUCUGCAAUGACCACAGCACUCAUCAUCCUGUUCUCCCAAUACCUCCGUCACAUACCAGUGCCCUUUCCAGCAUAUAACAAGGAUAAAAGACUUCACACCUCUCCAGUCUACGUCUUUCAGAUUCUUCCUGUUUUGCUUGGAAUCACAUUAUCUUGGACCAUUUGUUACAUUUUGACUGUCUACAAUGUACUUCCUGCUGAACCAGACAAGUAUGGUUACCUUGCACGCACCGAUCUAAAGGGAGAUGUCAUGAGCCAGGCUCCCUGGUUGGUUUUCCCGUACCCAGGACAAUGGGGGAGACCUACUGUGAGCCUUGCAGGGGUGAUCGGCAUCUUGGCUGGUGUAAUUUCCUCUAUGAUAGAGUCUGUUGGGGACUACCACGCCUGUGCUAGGUUAUCUGGAGCUCCACCACCCCCAAAACAUGCCAUCAACAGGGGUAUCGGUAUUGAGGGGAUAGGCUGCCUGUUGGCAGGUGCCUGGGGUACCGGAAAUGGUACCACCUCAUACAGCGAAAAUGUCGGAGCCCUUGGUAUCACAAAGGUGGGCAGUCGGAUGGUGAUUGUGGCCAGCGGAGUGUUGAUGGUUGUCAUGGGCAUAUUUGGUAAAGUGGGAGCUAUAUUCACCACUAUCCCUUCACCUGUCAUAGGAGGAAUGUUCAUGGUUAUGUUUGGUGUCAUCUCUGCAGCUGGAGUUUCAAAUCUGCAGUACGCAGACAUGAACUCAUCUCGAAACAUCUUCAUUUUUGGCUUCUCCAUGUUCACCGGUCUGGUUAUUCCUAAUUGGAUAUUGAAGAAUCCCAAAGCUAUUUCUACAGGUGUGGUAGAACUUGAUCAGGUCCUACAGGUGCUUCUGACAACCAGCAUGUUUGUUGGUGGCUUCUUUGGUUUCAUACUGGACAACACCGUUCCAGGAUCAAAGCAUGAACGAGGUAUCCUUGCCUGGAACAAGGCUCAUGAGGAUGACUCCAGCAACACACUGGAGAGUGGAAAAGUCUACAGCCUUCCCUUUGGCAUCAACUCUCAUCUGUGUUCUUCCUCCUCGUUCCGGUACAUCCCCUUUUGUCCUCCUACUAUGCCCAACUCCCCGGAUGGAUGCGGGGCAAUUGCUAAUUCAGUGGAGCCUAAGCGGCCAUUGGGACAACAAGAGCCUGCACAGAUUAUUACUGGAGCUGGCCUGUGAGUGGUGCACUCAGUCCAGCGUGCCAUUUGGGGGAUUUUUCCAAAACCAGUUCCAUCACAGGCAGCUCAGUUUGGACCUUGUAAAGGGCACUCUAAUAUAACAACAUGGUGCAAAGUAUGUAAAUGACCUUUUAAGGUGACGUUUGCAAAUUAUAUCCUGCACUGGGAGGUACGUGAUCAGCCACAAUGUUACAACCACUUAGUGGGUAAGUGAUCAUAUCACUACAGUGCAAUGUUCUGCUGGGAAGCCUUCGUUCCUGGCAUUCAUGCGGAAGCUACUUUCACUUGUUUCAACCAACUAAACAUUGUUGUAGACAAGUAACACUUUCCUUUAAGGAGGAGACUGUGUUUCACCACAGUGUGAGAAGUGGUUUUAAUGUUGUGGCUCAUCUUUAAUGGUAUAGAUAGAUUUUUUUGUAAACUGGUGAUACUGGUGAUAUGAUAAUUGUUGAUGAUGUAUAUCUUAAAAAAAUCUGAGCAGACCUGCAGUUCUCAUUGGUUCAAAACUUGAUGUUUUAUUCUUUCAUAUUAAUCUCGAAAUACCGUCACAUCUGGGUGCUAGUGAACGAACAUGAUUAAAUCCACAAUGUUUAAUGCUACAUUCAAGAUAUGAAUUUGUUUCAAAUACAGUACCUCAUGUUUGGAUGAACAUUUGCUGUAACAGUUAAUAUUUUACAAUGAUUGUGUUUAUUUUCUUUCUGUGCACUUUAUGAAUUCAUGCUGACGUUUACUGACAGGACAUUUCCAUCAGGAUCUGUCAGCCAUCCAGCUGCAAGCUCCAACACUUCUUCAGUGCUCAGACACGGACUGCUGAAUGAAAUUUUUCAUCUGUGUGCAUAUUAAACAAUGAGUCAUUUUGUCACAGCA